GAGGUUGACACAGUUCUGCAGUGCAGUCUCUAAGCAGCCUUGGACACACACCACCCAGAUCAGCUGCCUUCCCAGGACAAAGUCUUCCAAGCUCCAUCCUCACCCCUGUUUCAGUGACUGACAAGGACUGGUGUUCUAGGAGGGCGGCAGUUGAAGUGGUUGAGACAUUUGAACGAGAUGGAGGAGGAAGGGGAGAAUUUGUAGUGGAGAUUUGUUGCGGAGAGGAAGGUGGAGUAGCAGUGGAAGUGGGAGUGACAGCUGUAUCAAAUCUGUUGAAGAACAGGUUGAGUUAAUCAGCUCUUUUCACAUCACCCACCACUGGCUGUCUUUUCUUUUGACUGCUGUGUCCAGAGAUGGUACUGAUUCCUCUCCACAUUUCAUGGAUGUUGCUGUGUUGUACAUUAUUCUCUAUCUUCUUUUUACUCCAGCUUUGCCAUCUUCAGUCUCCUGUUCAAUUCUUGUUGCACUUGUUUGAGUUGUUCUUUGUCACCAUCUUUAAAAGCUUUCUUUUUCUGGUGAAGUAUUGUUUUAUGUCUCUUGUGAUUCAGGGUUUGUUGUUGGGGAAACAGCGAACACUCUUUGUCGGUAUAACUGUGUCUAUACAGAAGUUGACCUAAUCAGUAAAGCAGUCAACCUGUUUAUCAAUGUUCAUACUAUCCACAUCCAGCAGCACAUUCCAGUCUGUUGAUUUAAAACAGUCCUUUAGAGCUUCACUGGCUUGAGGUGUCCAUCUUCUUAUUUUGACUUUGGUCACAGGCUGCCUCAGCACACAAGGUCUGUAACAGGUUUGCAGAUAGACCAAGUUAUGAUCUGACUUGCCCAGUGGUGGUAAGGCAGUGGCUCUGUAGGCUUCUUUGACGUUGGCAUACAGCAGAUCCAGGGUCUUGUUUUCUCUGGUAGGACAGUUCACAAACUGUGUGAAUCCAGUCAGAUGAGAGGAGAGGGUGACAUGGUUGAAGUCUCCCGAUAUUAUUAUUAGUGCCUCAGGGUGUUGAGUCUGUAGCCUGGCAACACUAUUUUGCAAAACAUUGCAACAUUGUUCAGUUGAUUUGGGUGGAACGUAAACAACUACUGUUAUAUGACAUGACUAAAUUCUCUUGGAACAUAAUAAGGCCGAAGAGCAACUGCCAACAGUUCAAUAUCUGGACAACACAACUUCUCCUUGACAGUUAUGUGUGAAAGGUUAUGCCAUCUCUGGUUGACAAAUAAAGCCAGACCUCCUCUUUUCUUCUUGCCACUAGCUUGAGCAUCUCUGUCUAACCUCAUUUGGAAACAUGAUCCGGCAUGAUAGUGUGAAUGGACGCCCGGCAGUGAAACAAAUCAGAGCCUUCAUGCCUCUACAAACCCGUCUGUGUCUUCAGGAAACUGAAGCCUCGAGACACCCAGAGACCCCCAGCCUGCAGCCCUCCCACCAGGGAAACUAAUCACCAGCAGGGUCCAGGCAGCUCCGGAGCCAGUUUCAAUACAGGGAUAAUCUGCAUUUCUCACGCCAGCAGGGUCUGCAGAAUCUAAGUGCUCCAGCAGACUCUUUUCGGCUGAAACCGAUGCCACGACUGAGCCGGAGUAAGCGGUCCCUGCAGAAGAGAGCCAGCUGGAUGAGGCACCAGGCACGGAAGCCCAGGCUCAUAGCAGCACCAGAAGCUGCCAUCACACCAGGCCUAGGCUCACAGCAGCACCAGGAGCUGUCAUUACACCAGGCCCAGGCUCACAGCAGCACCGGGAGCUGCCAUUACACCAGGCCCGGGCUCACAGCAGCACCAGGAGCUGCCAUCACACCAGGCCCAGGCUCACAGCAGCACCAGGAGCUGCUAGCUCCCCAGCCCCAGGCUCACAGCAGCACCGGGAGCUGCCAUUACACCAGGCCCAGACUCACAGCAGUACUAGGAGCUGCCAUCACCCCAGGCCUCGGCUCACAGCAGCACCAGGAGUGGCCAGUACACCAGGCCCAGGCUCACAGCAGCACCAGGAGCGGCCAGUACACCAGGUACAGCAGCAUUGGCUUGAUUCACCAGGUCAGUGCAAAAAUUCCCCAAAGAAAUGACGAUCUCAUCACCAAACAAAUGGUGUAUGAACUACUUGAUCAUCAGAAGGCCUACUUCAAAGACCUGCUAGAGCAGCAAGAAAAGAGCAUGUCUACAAGUUUUUGUUGACUCCACAGUCUCUCGUGUUGAUAACCUGGGGCCUCAUGUAUCAACGCUUGCGGCGCAAGAAAACCUUGCGUACGCCAAAAUCGGCGCACACGUCCAGAUUUAUCAUCGCGAAACGAGCAUCGGUUCCAGCGCUAAUCAACGCAAAGUCAGGAGGUGGUGUAGAAAUUGGCGUUGAGCUGGAUAUUUGCGUUGACUGUGAUUCGCACUUUGGCGACGCUGUGUGGCGGUGUUUGGUGACUCACUAUGUGACAAGCGUGCACCACAUCCCCGUGGCCGGGCAGCACGUCGCCCCACAUGACGAACCAGCAGCAGACGGAGGGAUGCGAGCUGAUCCCUGCCGGGCCGCCGUCCUCACGCGGGAGAAUCUCAUCGCCACAGUGUGAAUGGGUAAGAAGUGAAUACACAGUUCAAUGAGCCAAAUUAAUUUAUUUUCUCCACCAGACGCUCGAGGAAAUUUACGAGCCGGUCCAGCCGCUCGUUGAUCCCCGCGAUCCCCCUGAUGAUUUCUUCCUGCGAUUGCAGGACCCCCUCCGCGAGGACCCUUCCACUGCGUCCGGGUGGUCCAGCGGAAGCGCCGCGGCUGGUGGACGCUCCACCGCUGGUGCUGAUGCUGGUGCUGGGGCCGGGGUGGCCCGAAUGCCGCUGGUCCUGGCCGACGACUCCGAGCCGGCGGACGGGCUGCCGCGGGCCGGGGUUCCGCAAGCCGGCGACACGGCCGACACAUUAAUUUCUGUGACACAAUAAAAAUAUUAGUUCAUUUCAAUUCCUGCUUCUGUGUAUCUGUUGCGUUUACAUCUCUCUCCACAGUAUCAUAGGUAAUGUAAUCCAGUAUUUCGAGGUCAGUUAUGCACAUUACAGUUGUUUAUUGCAUAAAAAGUUAUUGAAAAAUGAAGUUAAGGGCGAAGUAUAAAUCACGUCUAAAAAUAGACUGAAUCCCGACGUUGAAAUGAAGUAUAAACUUAGACUAGACGUCUAAUAUACGUCUUUUGCUCAGUGGGAUGACAAAGCAUGUGGACAUUUGUGUGACACGCCACUUACCCUAUAAUAAUAAUCGCCACCACCCGCUGCUCAAACGGUGUGAGGGUCUCCUCCCCCGGACCCCCACCUGUCUGGCCGGUACUCCUCCGGAGGGCAGCUGUACGCCGCUUGACCUCCACCUUGAGGUCCGACCACUUUUUUUUAAUCUCCGCGGGGGUGCGUGUCUCGGAACCCACCGCAUUCACCCUCUCGCAAACUUUCUCCCACUCCAAGCGUUUUUGUUUUGCACUGACGCCACUGGACAGGCUGCCAAACAAAACACGCUGUCGCUCCUCCACCUCCGCCACCAGCACCUCCACCUCGCACGCCGUAAAUGUAGUUUUUCUUGUCAUUUUGUCUGCGUGCGAGGACAGGGAGACCCUAUUUAAAUAAAUCUGCAUAUUUAUAGGAGGGCGUAACGGGGACGGGCCCAGUCACUCCGACAUCUGCGCUCAAUUCCACGCUGAUUGGGAUUUAUCAAGGAAACACACGUGGAUUUCGGCGCCCGCACACAUUGAUACAUACGGAUUUUUUUCAGCGUGACGGACCUUGCGUGCGCUCGUUUCUGGUAUGAGUUCCACGCAAGUGUUGAUACAUGAGGCCCCUGGUGAGGGAUGUGGCCAACAUGUCUAGAAACAUCAUUGAGUUAAAAACCAGCCUUCAGUUUUCCCAUGCUGAGCUUGAUGGUUUGAAAAUCAGUAAUGUCAAAUGUUUGGAGGCUAGUAAAACAUUGUCUGAAAUGCAGUCAACCACUCUAACCUCCACAAAUGAUGUUUGGAAAGCUAGAUUACCUGGAAAACCAAUCCAGGAGAAGCAAUGUGAUCAUUGAAGGCAUUCCUGAUGUGAAAGUAGAAUCAUGGUCAGACACAGAGAUCAAAUUGAAAAAAAUAUUCACAGACCAUCUUAAAUUUGAACCAAUAACUCAUCGAAAUUGAAUCGUGUUGGCAAGUAUAAUCCUACUGGCCGCCCAAGAUCAGUAGUGAUAAAGCUCUUCAGAUACAAGGACAAGGAAGAAAUCUUCAAACAUGCCAAAAACCUGAAGGGCAUAAACCUUUACAUCAAUGAAGACUUCUCUGACGCUGUCCGACAGAAAAGAAAGGAACUGUUGCCCCAAAUAAAAGCUGAAC